CCGUCGAUUGGUCGAUUAGUUCACUUUUCGUGCAUGGGCUGCUUAGUCAGCGACGAAGCCGCACGUGCUUCCUACACUGGUUGCCUGCCUACUAACUAUUUCUGCCAUUUCUACGGUGUUUUUGAGCGUGCCAGACGAUCUGGAACCUCCCCAGAGCUUGCGCUUACGAUCGUAUUAAAGGGGGUCGUCGACUCUCUUGACUAUAAAUUUCACGAGGAUAAUGCGCAAAUGGUUUCGCGCACCCGUGCAGAUUCUGUGCUUGCCCCGCUGCUCAGCCGUCAGAACCUCGCUGCCACCCUGCCUUGUUGGUGCGUCUGAAAAGAUUUAAGAGAGAGAGAGAGAGAGAGAGAGAGAGAGAGAGAACGAGCAGAGCUGGCGGACGUGUGAAUGGGUUGAAGCGGCGUCAUCUCCGGUGACUGUCUAAGAUACGGAACAGGAUUGGGGACCUUCGUUCUCGGGAGAUUAAGGGCUGCGUGUAGGGAGUGAAUUGAGGAAGGGGGAGGGAGUUGUAAUGACACGAGCUGGUGCGGAUUAUACAACUGCUCCAUUGAGACGCCCUCUCGUCUCUCACCACAGGAAUUACCAAUUUUAUCCAAUUGCCCUCCGAGCUCUUAACGACACUUCGCUAGCCUGGCACUCGUUGCCUAUCGACCGGCGCCUCUCUGUCUCUCCUCAACAGCUCCUGCCUUCUCUCUCUGUGUCUCUCUUAGACCGCCGCAUCUUAACUUUCUGUCGUUGAACCCUCUUGGUCUUCUCUGUCUUCGACUGGGACAGCUUCCUUUCUCUCUCACUUCUCUCGCUCUGUUUCGCCGGUAUCAUUGCCUCGUUCGCUGUCUCUCUGCCCCCGUCUCUGUUCUAUCUUGCUUUCGUCAUCAGCAAUCGCCUUUUCUCUCUCCUACCGAAUUCGCACGCCUUAUCAGAACCUGAUGAACUACGGACGUCCCUGCUACGUUAGUCUCUUACUGCCCUCUACAUGGUACUUCGCUCCUCGUUCGACCACCUACCUUUUGCCGCCCGUUCUUCUCUGUUCGAUAGAUGGCGUGAAUCAGGUUCUUCGCUGCGCUUUCUUUGCUGUCUCGCCGCUCAAAAAAUCCGUCCUGUCUCCUGUCAGUCCUCCUCCCGCAGCGGUUAACUCGACCGUCACGUGGCCCUGACAGACUAUUAUUUUGCAUAUCGUCGCCAGGCAGGACUGGUGAUUGACUGCCUUCACUGUGUCUGUCAUUCAAUUACUCCUGACGUAUUAUAAGUUAACGCAGCGAUUGGUUUCCUCGCUGCCUUUGCUUUCCCCGCUCUCGUUCAUUCGUCCCCUUGUGUAAUUGUUUCAUUGAUUGUUAACCUACUCUUCUAGUCGUCUUUUCUUUCACAUUUGCUCUGCUGCCCCUUCUUCUAGUCGUCUUUUCUUUCACAUUUGCUCUGCUGUCCCUUCCUCACUACCACUUCAAUCGUUGGACCAAAUAGUCGAAGGGUUUGCUUUGCAGGCAAACUGCGAGAGAGCUGAUUAUUGAAAUCGUUCGAGCAGGAGUCCGAAGCGGCGGGUGGAACAUUUGGUAAGGAAGGGGGGGGCAGCGGCGGCGGGGGGAGCAAUCGCCCGAGCGCUUGAGGCUUCUCCUCCCGUGCCUCAGUCCCGGUGGGACAAUCACAGGUGAGUGGCACCCCUACCCGUCGUAGUCAGGCAGGAUGCCGAAGGGGUUGUUCAAAACGGCCAAACCGAAACCUGCAGACCUCGUGCGCGCUCUUCGGGGAUGUCUGUCAAACCUCGAGAGGGAUGCGAGGGUGGAAAAAACUCAAGAAGAGUGCAAUAAGUUGCUGCGGGAGGUGAAGACGGCUCUCUUCGGCGAAGGCGAUAUGGAACCAGUGCCGGAGACGGUGUAUUGCUUAACGCAGGAGGCGCUGAAAGACGAGUUCCUCAGAGUGCUGAUAUUAAGCAUACCGCGUCUCGAUUUGGAAGGGCGAAUAAACUCGUCGCGCAUAUUGGCGGGCCUUCAGCGUCAGAAGGUAGACGGGGAUUUUCCAGUCGUGAGGUACCUUGAGAUGUCUCCAGGGAUCUUGGAUUUCUUGGUUGCGAUUUACGAGAGAACGGAGUUGGCGCUCAUCAGCGGUACCAUCCUGAGAGAGUGCAUACGAAGUAAGCGAUUGGCGAGCUACUUGUUGUACUCGCAGAGCGAUUUAGAGAGGUUCUUUAGCUACGUGGAUGUCGCGAAUUUCGACGUAGCAUCUGAUGCUUUUGCAACGUUCGAAGAACUGCUGACGAGGCACGAGGAGAUGGUGGCUCAAUUCCUUCAGGUCAAACACACGUGGUUUUUCGAGAGGUUCAACAACCUUCUGCAAUCUAAGUACAUUACCAAGAGGCAGGCGAUCCAGCUGCUGCGGAGAAUGCUGCAAAUUCCGGCCAACGACGCAGUGAAGCAGAGAUACGUCAGCGACGCGAAUAAUCUCAUGAUCAUCAUGAACCUCUUCCGGGAAGCGUCGAAAUCAAUUAACACCGAGGCUUUCCAUGUUUUCCGCGCCUUCGUUGCUAAUGAGAACAAGCCGCCAGAGAUCGCUUCCAUCCUAUACUCCAAUCGCGACAAGCUUUUGAGUUUCUUUUCCUCCUUCGUCGCAUCAGACGAUCCGCGUUUUGAUGAAGACAAGGCUGAGGUUCUCAGCGAAAUCCGGAAAUGGCCGGAAAGGAUAAUAACUGCCCCUCUUGCUCCUGCAGCGGUUCCUCGAGCUGCUUCUGCCGUCGUCUGAUUUAUUCUCUCCGCCCUCCCACUUAUUGCCUUUUGGACGCUGCUUCUCCUCCCAUCUUCUUGGGGCGACGAUGAUGACGAUUCACCCUCCACCGUUUCCGUGUUGUUGUACAUAGCAAAACAGCGUGAACGAACUUGUGCGAAUUUAGGGGGCCCGGCGACCGGGGGGGGGAGGGGGGAGAGAGAGUGUGUGUGUGUGUGUGUGAGAGAGAGAGAGAGAGAGAGAGCCUGACAAGUAGUUGUAGACGAUUCAUAGGCCGUCCGUGUGAAAGAAGACGGACUUGCGUCGGCGUAAUCCGGGAGGGAGACUGGGUAUAAUCGGCAAGACGGGGUGUUGUCUGUCUGAGUGACUACAUCGCAGACAAACCGGACGUGCAUUGCCGUUUUCCCUGUAGAAGUGGACGGGCGGAAGAAAGGAAAGGAUGGGUUGAAGAGCACCGUUGAUGGAGGGGUGCGGAGAACCGGAUGUGAAUUGGCGAGAUUGAGUGCACCAGGAGGAGGUGGAGCUCGUCUGCGCAGGAGUGAGCGAGCGAUGCGGCUGUGCGGAACGCGUCUGCGAGCACUUGAAAAGAAUGCUGGCUAUGGUAUGUUGGCUGUCGUGUCAGACUUGCUAAUUUUGUCUUGCGGCCUCUUCUUGUGCCCUUCGCCUCGAACGCCAUAGACGGCUCACUCUUUUCUUAUGGGCGUGCUUCUUCCGCCGCACCCGACGAAAUUUCCUCGUGUAUCGUCUUUCUUCCCGCGCUUUUCCCCUCACGACGUCAUGGUCGGCGUCUCGUUUUCUCUGGCCGGAUGUUUCCUGUUUCACUUCCCUCUUUCCCUAUUCCUAUCCUUUAUAGGGUUCGUGCACAGUGAUUUCCGGUUUUGCGGCUGCUUCCCUUUCCCUAUUCCUGUACCUUUACAGGGUUCGUGCACUGCUUCUCCGGUUCACUCGCCAAGCGGAUCUAGUUGUUGUUUUUUUUCUCCUUUCUUUUUAGACACGUUUUGCUCCCUUACGCCGCCGCGCCUUCUUUAACUCCCCCUUCCUCGUCGUUCUGGCCGCUCAGGAGACGGACAAGGAAGCAACAGAAUGGUUCGUGGGUCUUUGUCUUUCGUCUUUCCAAUUGUUCUUUCUGUUCUUUUAUCAAAUUGUCACUUACAGUUAUUAUUGUUCUCGCUCAGGGCGUCGAGCUCGAACGCCCGGCACGCUGCGUUUGUGCACGGUCGAGAGAGAGGUUGGUUCAUCCAACCCAACACCAUUUAUGCACUGCCUUCGCGGCGCGAGCUGUUUGGUGAAUGAGAGAAUCCCAUGCAGGCCUAGGCUAAAGGUCCAGCGGGAGAUUAUCUCUGUCGUCUAUGGAGAGAUCAAAGAGGGGAGGAAUCGAGAGAGAACAGGGGAUGUUGUCUAAUGUGGAUGGGGAUUUUGGGGAUUGAUUGACUGAUUGACAGGGGACGCGAUCUCUCCGUCAUUCACAGUUAUCGAGUCCUUCGUUUGGCUCACCGGAAGAACUGUCGAAUGGUUGCGUCGUGCACGACGCUUUUGGAUGCGGAUCUAUGCUCUCGUGUAUGGCCCUCUACCGUUCUUCUGAACUCCAGAAGGCUCGUUCUCCAGCGGCAAUUCACCAUGCGGUCGCAAUGGUUGGGGCUGAUUUAAGCUUUUACGCGGUUUGAGCUGAUUUAUGUUACACGAUUCAAUUCAACAAGCUUUAGGGAGUUCAACUCAAAACAAGAAGUGGAGCAGCGGUUGUUGGCGCUGGGCGUUUCGCAAGGUUUUGUCGUAGUGAGGGCCUCGCUCCACUACUCUCCACAUGCUCAGAAGACAGAAAAUAUGGCGAUGGAUCUUUCCAUGUUCUAGCCGACGAUUUAUUCUCAAUUUGCACGUUUUGUGAGUAGUGUAGCGAGGCCCUGAGUAAAACCUGCGCAAGAGGGGAAGUUGGGAAGGGUGAAGAUUGGCAGCAGCCACCUUAUCUAGUAAUUCCUAUCGACCACUCCUGGCCUUGUAAUAGUUAUGCCUUCUCUCUCUCUCUCUCUCUCUCUCUCUCUCUCUCUCUCUCUCUCUCUCUCUCUCUCUCUCUCUUAGAGUUUCUCUCUCGCUUUUGCUGUUUGCGGAAAUCAAUUAUCGCAUCCAGUCUCUUGUCCUUCGCGUGUCUCCUUGCACCUUGCCGGGAAAAUUUGUCGGGAUCUGACUGGAUAGCUGUGCAAGCCAAACUGAGUGUCGUUCAGUUGUCUGGCUUGGCGCGCUAUGUCUAGCUGUGUGUAUGGCAGAAUAACAGAAUGCUGAAGUUAGUAAAUGAAGGCAGGAGUACGAGGAAACAACGCUUCUGCCCCGAACUGCUCAAAGACUACAUGGAAAUUUCAGGGUGCGGCUUUCGAGGAAGGGGACUUGGCUGUUUCCCUCAAGCGCGUGCAGUGGAGAAAGGACUUGGCUCUUUCCCUCGAGAACAGGACGAAACGGCGUGCAGUGGAGAGACGGAAAACUAGGGAGGGACGGGGAAAGGGUGGGGAGGGUGCGUGACGACUGGGCGCAGGAAGGGAGCGAUGGGAAAAGAGAAAAUGGAGGAUGGGAGAAGCCUGUAAAAGUGCAAGGACGCGGUAUGCGGUCUUGCGCAAUGAGAAUGUGUGUACUUUUGUGUAGAGAGAGAGUUAGUGCGUGGUGGGCAUCGAAGGAGAGAGAACGACGGCGCCCAGUAUGGAGGGAGCCGAGUCAUCUACCAGCCUCCUUGUGGAGGAUGAUCAUACUGCUUGGGGCUGCUCCCAUCGCUCAUAAAUUUUUUGUCUGGCAGCUCAGUACCAGCACGCCCAGGUGGGAGCCUGCUAUUGAACGCGCGCUUGCUCGGUCGCGGGGGAGAGAGAGAGAGAGAGAGAGAGAGAGAGAGAGAGAGAGAGAGAGAGAUUGUGUAACGGACAGGUGUUUUCGUUUUCGGACAGGUGUUUCCGUUUUCAUUUUCAUACAGGCUCUCUUUUGUUGCUGGGGAUGGGAUAGGGCUUAUGUUUUUUUUUUGGAAAUUGGUUUAUGGUUGUUUGAUGAUAUCCUUUUCUUUUGUGACGACGACAAGAGAAACGAGAAGCAUUACAUUCUUUCUUGUGUUCUUUAGCGUCUUCGCCGCUGAUGCUGUAACUUGUUGGUCAUACAACCUCGGGUAGAGAGGACCUGUCGAGGUGGCCUUGCAUGCGGGCGUUUUACGG